AUGAUUAAUGGAACAUAAAUUGGUUCUCUUCCGAGACUUUAAGCUGAUCUAUACUUGUUGAAAAUUGACAUGAAUGCUACCAAUAUUACGAUAAAUAAUUUAUAUGUCUCAAAUAAAACUGACUAAGUAAUUCUUGGAGAUGAGGAGGUAACUAUUGACAUGAGAGACUUCAUUUUCAAUAUGACAGCUGAGUACUCCUACAUAACUGAUCCACCUAUUUUUGCUGAUUUUGGACUUGCAGAUAUUCUUAUAAAUAACAUGUCUGCUCUGAUAAGAGGCACAACUUUCUAUGAAAAUCAAACAAUUCAUGUUGACAUAGAAGAGAUGAAAGGAAAUCUUGAGAGUUUCGAUAUCAAUUUUGACGGAUUAAGCGACUUCAGCAUCGUGCUAACUGAUAUAGUCGGGUUUUUUGUAAACUUGUUAGGAGGUAAAAUUGCAGGAAUCGCUGGCGAAGAACUAUCUUUAAAUCUUGUACCAUUGAUUAACAAAAUUAUUCAAAUUAUUCCAACUGAGCUACCAAUUCCAGGAACUAAUUUGUAUCUCCUAGGAGGUUUCGAUUCUAAUCUUCAUGUAACCAAAGAUUCCUAUAUGAGACUACCAUUAUCAGCUAGUUUAUAAUCAAGAAAAGAAUUUUUCGAUGAAAAAUCAGAGAUCAUUUUACCUCAACAUCUCGAUGAUCCAUAUGAAAUAUAACUUUUUUUAAGCGAGUAUACAAUUAACUCUAUUUCCCAUGCUCUUCAUGUUGAGGACUAUCUCAAAUUCUCAACACAACUCAUUAAAACUGAUUAGCUAUCAAUGGUAGUGGGAUCUCAACUAUUCAAUUUCUUUGAUCAUAACAUGACAUGCUAACUAGAUUUCGAUACUGUCGACCCUUAUCCCAAUAUUGAUAUCAAACCUGAUAAUACAAUUGUUUUUGUGAAUAUUACAACAGACAUCAGCUGCAGAAAACACGAAAAUGAUACUCAAUUCUAUCAUGUUGCCAAUAUGCUGUUCUUGGUUAAUACAUCAUUAAUUUUCGAGAUUGAUAAUAACUUAACGAUCAAGGGAUAGAUAAAUGAUUUAAAAGCUACAAUCACCAAUGCUUACAAUUCAACGAUAGGAGAAAUUGCUAUUUAUUUGGUUCAACUUGAAAUUUCUCUUGUUGAGAAUGUGAUGAAAGGAAUUAUAAAUUCAUACAUUGAGAAGGGUUAUUCUCUGUAUUGGAUUAUCACUGACGUCUUCAAGAUAACUUUCUUAGACAUUAGAGAGAUUCAGUCAAAGAAUGGAGAUGGCUUCCUUUAUUUAGAACUUACCCCUGUAUUUAAUAUCACUAAAGCUCAUAAGUAAGCUAAAGCAUUCUUAUCUCAAGAUGAAAUCAAUGUUAAAACUAAUCAUAAUUUAUUGAAUGAUCCUGCAUUUAUGAAUCUUGAGAAGUAGUUCUUUAAUGAAUUUGGCUCAUAUCAAAAGGCAAAGGUAAUGAAAGAAUAAUAAUAAGAAUAAGCUUUUCAAGAAUAUGAAGGAAAAGUAAAUGAAUAAUUUGAAUAAUUAUGA